UUAAACUUCCUGCUUCCUAGUGAGACUGACCAGGCAGCAGGGAGGCAGAGCCUGGGAAGGCCUGAGCAGCCAACUCAUGCAGAGCUCAUGAGCCUCCCCGUGGCUCUCUCCAGGCUGCCACAUCCACAAGAGGUUCCAGGACAGCCCCAGUCUCUCCAGGAACCAGGAGGCUGGACGCCACCCCAAGCAGCUGGGGCAGGUUACGGUUGGUUGGGUCAAGACCCAACGUGCCAGCAAGACCAUCUCUCGUCCUCCAUCGAAGCAGAGAAGCAGCAGCCUGAGCCCUCAGGUUAACAACGACCCCAAGCCACUCUUCACAUCGACAUGAUGAGAGUAUCAGGUCUCCUCCGCCUCACUGCCCUCUUCUUCACCCUGCUGGCCGUGUGGCUUUUCCUCCGCAGCUCCAUCAGCCUCAACACAAAAAACAUCCGUAUGCCACGGUGGCUGGGCAUGGCCCCCAAGGAGAGCCAGGCCCCGAAGUCCAAGUGUGGUCUCAGCAAGCCCUGCCAGGACAACUUCUUCGCCUUUAAAAUCAGCAGUGGGGCCGCCAACGUCGUGGGCCCCUCCAUGUGCUUUGAAAACCAAAUCCUCAUGAGUCCUGUGAAGAACAACGUGGGCAGAGGCCUGAACAUCGCCCUGGUGAACGGAACCACGGGAGAGGUGAUGAAGAUGAGUGCUUUCGACAUGUACUUGGGAGAUCCAAAACUUCUGCUGAAAUUCCUUAGAGAAAUUUCAGAGGGCGUACUGGUGCUGGUGGCCUCCUAUGACGACCCAGGUACCAAAAUGAACGAUGAAAUCAGGAAGCUCUUCUCCAGCCUGGGCAGCAACUACGCCAAGCAGCUGGGCUUCCGGGACAGCUGGGUUUUCCUGGGGGCCAAAGACCUGAGGAGCAAAAGCCCCUUUGAGCAGUUCUUAAAGAACAACCCACAGACAAACAAGUAUGAGGGCUGGCCAGAGCUGCUGGAGCUGGAGGGCUGUGUGCCCAAGAAGAUAUUAUAGGUGACUGUGGCUCCAGUUAGGAGCUGGAGCCCGAGUUGUUGGAGCUGCACCUGCAGAAGCAGAGCCAGAGGGACAGAAGGGACAACCUGGAAGGAGCUGGCCGCGUGCUGUGACGCACUUUCCCUCUCCAGAAACAGAACUCCUGGCCCUCGGGGCAGCUGUCUCCUCAUGUCCUUCUGGACCCAGCUGUUGGUGGAGAGAAUGGACGUGCCAAUGUUCUAUCCCCAGGAAGGACUGUGCUCAUACUGGAGCAGAAUUAAAGUUUACUUUUGCUGA